AAGUAAUCAGUUACAUUACAAAUAUCGAGGAAACACCUAAAAAUGAUUCUUUCUUAAUGAAUGCUAUUGGAAUAAUUAGCACUACGUUUCAAACUGAAGAAUUAAUGUCACACUUGAUAAUUUUUUAUCCUUCAGUUGAAACUAAAAUUCAAAGAAUCAAAAAAGAUGAUAUUGUAAGAGUAGCUGGAAAAUUUACCAUUGAAGAAAAAAAUCUUAAAGACCAUGAAGUUAUUACUUUCAUUAAAAUUGCAGUAACCAAUUUGUCUGUAAUUAAAAUUGAUCCAGACCAUUUACUACCAUUAGAUAUUAUUGUUACAUUAAAUGGAACU